AUGAUGUUGAGACUUUCUAAAUGUCUCGAAUCAAUAUCACUCUUGGAGACGAAUAUGAUGGCCAUUCGAUAUCUCCUUCAGCUCAAUGUGUCUUCUAUCAAAAGGUUAUAUCUAGUGUACGACAGCAAUGACAAUGCCCCAGUUAGUGAUUCACAAAAGGUUGCUCUUACGAAGUUCAUCUCGAUAAACACUCAAUUGGAAUGGAUGGAUGUCGAGCUUGGAGACGUUGACGGCACAGACUUCCCUUUCAUUCCCACCAAUCAUCCAGUCAUCUCAAAGCUGAAGAUUGUUUGCCAACAUACUCAAAUGUACUACUUGUGUAAUGAGUAUCCACACAAUCUAUUUAACAAGCUCAAGACACUGCCAUCAAUUCAAUCGCUCCACUUCCAUUUUGCCGAGUCAUGGGAAGUCGAGGCUGGCAACCACAUAUCAUUCUAUGAUGGUCUCAUCGAGCUACUACAACAACAACACUUGGCUGGAUCACCAAUCACCGAGUUGAGUCUUGACUAUCCACGUCACGAUGUACCACAAGAGAUCAGAUUCCUCAGGUAUCUCUUCCAGAGCCAACCUCUUGUUGAUCAUUUGGAUUACAGAUUGAAUGGAUUAAAUGGAAUACCCAUUGAAUUUGCUCCAGUGAUCAAGUGCAAGGUCAACAAACUGGUUCUAAAAGGUCGAAUCAUUCAAAAGAAGUUUCAAGGUGAUGAAGAAGAAGAAAGGAGGAUGAUACAGAUAUACCAAUCAUUGAACAAUGUUGAUAAGAUCAUUAUAAUUGGUCACAAUUCCUUCGAGUUUAUAUCUGGACUACUAAGAUAUAACAAACAAUCAUCAUCAAUCACUAUCAAGCAUUUUGGAACAAACCAAAAUCAAGUUCCUCAGAUGAUCAUUGAUGCCAUUCAAGACAACCCUCAUCUGAACAACGUUAAAUUCCGUUUAAGUCCAAUGCUCCGCGACUACUCCAACUUUGUCAGGGCUCUCCAACAACACCCAAACCAUCAAUCAUUGACAACAAAGUUAGAAAGA